AUGGCAGUUCAACGAGUACUAAGUGAUGUCGCUGAACUUCUUGAGCAAAUGGAACUAGCGGUGCGAGAUCUGGCAGCUGGGAGUAUUUCUUUUCUAACACGAUGUCUAACAGAUUUUGUCUUAUCUAUUCUAAGUCGAUGUGAUUGUAGCAGUGAGCGCACCAAGUAUGAGCUAAGAGUACGGAGUUAUCACAACGAUAAGCGUCUACUAGACAAUGAACUCGAGAAGGCAAUCAAACGUUUGCGAGAGACCGCCGAUAGAGACGAGUUGCUUGCUUAUGACGAAGCAGUAGAGAUGGACCAACAGGAAGAACAGUUAAUAGCAAAUACAGAAAGAUUAGAGAGAUCGUCGAGGAAACUUCAGGACGCCUAUCGCAUGGCAGUUGAAACUGAACAGAUUGGAACCGAAGUCCUGGGAAAUUUGUCGUCUCAGCGGGAAACGAUCAAUCGUGCUCGAGAACGAAUGCGUGAAGCAGAUAUUGAAUUAGGAAGGAGCAAUCGUGUUCUGAACACUAUGAUCGGGAGGGUCAUUCAAAAUCGUCUCUUACUGUUGGUUGUUGCUGUAUUUCUAAUGUUCACUCUCCUGUUUUUAGUAUACAAAUCUUUAUGA